UUUACCGUCCUUACAUUCAUACUCAUAGUCUCCACACCGGUCGAGCCGGUUUAAUAAAAACAACUGGAUCUCCAGUAGGAGGAGUCACAGCUGUUGUCGUUGUUUUUAGCAACUGAAACUGAAGCUUAGCAGAAACUAAGUAGUCCUGAAACACUACAACACAGACAUAGAAGCGAAUAAACCCAGUCGGAAUCAUGUCUUCCUUGAGCAGUAAGUCGGCGCAGGAGAUCAGCGAGCUGCUGGAUGAGUACGGGAUAAAACACGGCCCCGUGGUCGACUCCACCAGAAGUCUGUAUGAGAAGAAGCUGAAGGAGGCCAUGGCUAAAGGAAAGAGACCCGCCAAAGCAGCAAGUGACAAAACCUACUACAGAGAAGAAGAGGAGGAAGUCACCUAUCUUACCAGGACACCUUUUCAGGUCAGGAGUUCUACUUCAGGAGACAGUUGCAGUGGGUCUUACUUGAGAUCAAGACCAGAGUGGACUGAGAGAGAAUAUGAAGCAGAGACGUCGUACUCUGACUACUUAAGGUCCAAACCUGAAUACAGGGGACGAGAUUUUGUUGAUGAGCCCUACACGUACAGAACAUCGUCUCCUUAUACGAGCUCAUAUUUGAAGUCAACACCGAUGAAACCUGCUGAGGAUCCUCCAAAGGCUCCAAAGUCAUCUCGCCUCGUCCCAGCCUGGGUCCAGUUCUUGUUCUUCCUGAUUGUGAUGGUUUUCCUCUACUUAGUAUUUUCCAAUAUAGAGACAAAUGAACCCAUGAAAGGGAUAGAGUGAUUGGGGUUUUUUUGUUCAUACCUGCUCUAUUUAUAGAGCUCUUACACUUUUUUUUACCUACAGGAAUGUAUUGUGAUUGAAAGUUUUAUUUUAUACAUUGCAGAUUGUGGGUUAUGCCAUAAUGUUAUGCAUUUUAAUGGUGGUUUAUUCAUUUGCUUAUGCUUAGUGUUAAUUCAUAAAUGCUGCUUGACUUCAGUAGAGCACCACUGCUAGUAGGUAUUACUUCCAAUGAAGCUUUCAAGAACACAGAACUGGUGCUGUCAGUGCUCAAAAUGCUGAAUACUCAAAGAAUAUGUCAACACUUGUACAUGAAGUAUCCUCAGAUUUUGAUGUUUUAAGUCCCUGAGGUCUGUGGAUUACCAGGGUCAGCUGUGACAUACGGAGCGCUAUGGGAAACUGGUUUUUACUGUUUAUAUUCGAGUGAAAUGAGCAUUUGUUUUUCCUAGGAACCACUGACAAAACUUGUCGAAUAUUUCAUACCUGUCAAUAUAACAGUUCUCAGACCCUGCAUUAAACAUAUUCAUAUUCAACACAACGCUAAUGUUUUAACUUCAGAGGAGUUCACGGAAAAACCCAGAUGUUCAUCACAGGCUUCAUUUGUAUGUUGUUUCUCUGUCUUGCAUCGCCUGGUUGAUGCUACUGUUGGAGCGCCUCGGCUUUGUUUGUUGGUUUGUGACUGUUUUCCUCUUGAUCUGAGAUAUCACAGGUUUUAAAGUGGGUUCAGGUCUGGACAUUUGGAGUGGUCUCUGUGUUUUUCCUCAGCUGUUUUUUUUUUUUUUUUUGGCUGUCUUUUUGACUUUACUGUCAAAUUACCCCAAAUCACAAGCAAACUAUCAACCUGUUUGACUAUGUUGUACCUUCAGUUAAUUCUAAUGGAUCUGUUGUUGUAACUGAAAAUCCUUUUCUGGUGAAACUGACUCUUGACAGAUAAUGUCCUUAGAUUGUCUCAUUCACUUAUUAUCCCAGUUCAUUCUUUUCACCAUUGAACUGGUCAUUAACAGAAGUCUGAUUCUGUGUAAACUGGUAUAAAAGGUUCACCAAGCAGAUAUAUUUGGUAGAGUUUUGGAGAACCACAGUGAUUCUGCAGCUUUUUACUAGAAACAAAUGUCAGGAUGGUUAGGUCAGUUUUUAGACCAACUGUAAUCCAAGUGCCUCAAUGAUUUUAUUGGAAUAAAUUACUGGUUGUACUUACCAGUUACCAGUUUUAAGUGUUAAAUGGUUCAUUUAGGGAUAAUCAAGUUUUCUACAACACCGAACAUGUUCAUCAUUAUUACUUUGUAAUGUUGUGUUUUUUGUACCAGUGUUUCACUAUCAAUAAUAAAUGUUUUAAGUAUCAA